AUGAAUCCUUCAGACCAAGUUAAAGAGGAGUACCCAGGAUUGAAUUUAUCAGGGUCCGGUGACCCGCUAAUGAUGCCACCGCCACAGCCGAUGGAGGGGCUUCAUGACAUUGGACCUCCACCAUUCCUAACCAAAACCUUUGACAUGGUGGAUGAUCCAACCAUUGAUCACAUUGUUUCCUGGGGCAGAGGAGGCCAAAGCUUUGUUGUUUGGGACCCUCAUGGCUUCUCCACCAAUCUCCUCCCUAGAUACUUCAAGCACAACAACUUCUCCAGCUUUGUCAGGCAGCUAAACACUUAUGGCUUCAGGAAGAUUGAUCCAGACAGAUGGGAGUUCGCCAAUGAAGCAUUUCUAAAGGGUCAGAAGCAUCGUCUGAGGACAAUUAGGAGAAGAAAGGGACCUUCUCAGCCUUCUCCUCCUCCACCACCCCCUCUAGGUGUUUGUGUUGAAGUUGGACAGUUUGGUUUAGACAGAGAAGUUGAUACUCUGAGGCGCGACAAGCAGGCCUUAACGAUGGAACUUGUGAAUCUUAGACAGCAACAGAAGAAUACCAGGGCUCAGCUUCAAGCCAUGGAGCUAAAGCUACAAGGGACUGAGAAGAGGCAACAACAAAUGAUGAACUUCUUAGCACAGGCUAUGCAAAAUCCAGUAUUUAUUCAACAAUUAGUCCAGCAAAAAGAGAAAAGAAAGGAACUUGAAGAGGCUAUUACGAAGAAAAGGCCACGACCAAUUGAUCAAUGGCCUAGUGGAGAAUCAAGCCAAAGUGGUGAAAGACUAGAUCUCAUUAAAGCUGAGCCUCUAGAAUUUGGAGAUCCUUACGGGUAUCAAGUGUCUGAACUUCAGGCACUUGCUUUAGAAAUGCAGGGAUUUGGUAGAGGAAGAAGGGAGCAAGAGCAAGAACAUGAAGAGCAAGAACAACUUGAGGGUGAGAAUAGGGAACUUGAUGAGGGAUUCUGGGAAGCGUUAUUGAAUGAGGAGUUUGAUGAAGAAUUGGGAAUUACUGGGAACAAAGAAGAUGAAGAGGAGGAUGUGAAUGUCUUGGGUGAUAGGUUGGGGUUUUCGGGUUCAAGCCCGAAAUAG